GGAACGCAUGUUUUUCAACGCACACGCGAGCGAGUUGCCGAAACGAUGAGCAGUACGCUGAAAAAAUACGUCCUCUGGUUUGCACAGGAGCAUGUGGACUUCCGACAAGCGGAAAUUGCAUCCCUGCUGCGAAUAUGGAACAUUCAAAUGGAAACCCCGGCUGACCACAAUCCGGAGCGUCCGUUUUGGGUGGUCGGGCUGCAAAAUGACGAGGCCGCUCGCAAGCUAGCCUCCCGUUCGAUGUCGCUUCGCUGCAUAUUCGAACUGUGGGCACAUUCCAACGAAGGCCUAGCGAACUUCCACCAAGCGCUGCGUCAGCACAUCGAAACGAACGCCCAAUCGCUGGCGACCCAUUUCGAGGCGAACAAAUCGUUCAAAAUAACGGUGGAAACGUACAACAAACACUUCAGCCAGCGGGAAAAGGUGGCCAAAAUCGAAACCAUGCAGUACCUGCCGGUGGAAGGGCCGGUCAAUCUGAAAACGCCCGACGUGCACUACUGGUACAUCGAGUUUUGGGGCCUGGAUCCGAUGGACGUGCCGGAGCAACCGUACGAUGUACUGUUCGGGCGGUGGGUGGCGGACGGGAAGCGUGAUAUGAUUAACGAAAUAUCGCUCAAGACGCGCAAAUUCAUCGGCAACACUUCGAUGGAUCCGCAGCUGUCGCUGUUGAUGGCAAACCAGGGCCUGGUCGAGAGUGGGCAUCUAGUGUUUGAUCCGUUUGCCGGCUCCGGCUCACUGCUGGUUGCUGCGGCCAAGUUCGGUGCGUACGUUGCCGGGGCCGACAUUGACUACAUGAUCGUGCAUGGCAAGUCGAAACCGACGCGCGUGAAUCAGAAGGUCCGCGAGAAGGAUGAAAGCAUUUACGCGAACCUGCAGCAGUACGGGUGCGGCGGACUGUUUGUCGACGUGCUGAUAGCGGACUUUUCCCGCAGCAUAUGGGCGGAUAGCAUUGUCUUUGACAGUAUAAUCACCGAUCCUCCCUAUGGGAUUCGGGAGGCGACGGAACGAAUCGAGUUUAAAACACAGCGUCGAGCGACCGCUAUGACGGAGGAUGCCGUCCAUUAUCCCUCUACCUCACCGUACCAGCUGUGCCAGAUGUACAAGGAUUUGUUACAAUUUUCGGCACGACACCUGAAGCUCGGCGGCCGGCUGGUUUGUUGGUUCCCAAUGUUAAGGAAAGAUGCCGAUUCGGACGUGCUGCCUCGCCACAAGUGUCUUCAGUUGGUGGCCAACUCCGAGCAGCCCCUGUCCGGGUACAGCUCCCGGCGGCUGCUGACCUACGAGAAGGUGUCCGACAGUGAAGCCGAUCUCGGUGCAUUCGAAAUGCCGGCGACGGUGGUGGAAAACUUUCGCGAGCGCUACUUUACUCAGCUGGCCGAGGACAAUGGGACGCGCAAGGAGCGGCGGCUGGAGCUGCGCGAAGUGGGCCGCAAGGAGGCGAAGAAACGGGGCAAGCAGCAACAACCGGACGGGAAGUGGCGUUUCCCGCAGGAUGCGCCGGAUGCUUAGUGGGGUUGUUGUGUACUGGAGUUCAUAAAACAUGGCAGUUGCAAGA